GCGCAUGCACAAAUUAGUUCACGGGUAGCGAGCAAAAACUAACAGCAUGCUGCAAGAUGCGUGGGUGGUCGACAUGGAGAGGAAGCUCGACGAAUCCGAGCCGUCGGCCAAGACGGAGAAAUGGCCGAAGCACAGCAUCUUCCGCGUGCCGCCGCGUUUCAAGAUGGUCCAUGGCAGAGGGGAGGCGAGUAUCUACAUGCCGCAGACGGUAGCUCUGGGCCCGUUUCACCACGACAACGACGGCUUAAAGCCCAUGGAGGAACACAAGAUGAGGGCCGUCCGGCACCUCCUCCAGCGGGCCCAGAGGACGAUCGGCGAGCUCGUCAAGUCCAUGGAGGAGGUGGCCCAGGACCUGGAGGACGCUUACAUGGACCUCGGCGACGAGUGGCGCGGCGAGAACAGGGUAAAGUUCCUGGAGAUGAUGAUCGCCGACGGCUGUUUCCUGCUGGAAGUGAUGAGGGAGGAGGACUCUCGCAAAGACUAUGUGAACAGCGACCCCAUUUUCAGCAAGAAAGGGGUGCGGCACGUUCAGUCGUUCGUCCAGCGCGACAUGCUCAUGCUCGAGAAUCAGCUCCCGCUGAAGGUGCUUCAGAGGAUCGUCGCCGUGGAGACUGGCAAACCUCCGAGCGAUGGAGAUGUUGUCAUCAACAACAUAUUACUGAAAUUCCUGUGCACGGAGAACUGGGAUCCCCGUGUGGCCAGCAACGGCCUGGGACUCCAUCCCCUGGACCUUUACCGAAGGAGCCUACUGAAGUGGCCCGGCCCAGUUCACCGCGGAGUUGCAGGUAUCCUGGGUCGGAAAAGGCCGCCUCCCGACGUCCCCCGCUCCGCGCAGAAGCUGGCCGACGCCGGCAUCCGUUUCAGGACCAGCCGCCGGAAAUUCCAGCUCGACGACAUCGAAUUCAAGACGACGCGCACUGUCAUGAUGCCCAGGCUCUACCUUGACGACACCACCCAUUACAAGUACCACAACAUGAUGGCGUUCGAGGCGAUGCACGUCCGCACCAGCAACGACGUGACGGCAUUCGUGCUGUUCAUGAAGGACAUCAUCGACUCGGCCGAAGACGUCGCCCAUCUGAGGAGGAAACGCAUCAUCGUUCACGACCUCGCCGACGACGACGCGGCGGUGGUGAAGAUGUUCAACACCCUCACGAAGGACGUGCCCAAGUACGGGGAUAGCCGGCUGUGCGGCGUACGCGAGGAGAUGGAGGAUUACUACAAAAAGAGCAUCUGUAAAUCGCUGUGGUUUGUGCCGUGGUCCUUCCUCAAGAACAAGCACUUCAGGAGCCCAUGGACGUUCAUUGCGCUUGUCGCGGCCAUCUGCUUGGUCGCAACCGACAUCAUGCAGACUUUCUAUGCCGUCAUGAGCUACGAAGUUGCAAAAACAUCUUUACAAGCACAUUAAAGGAUACAAAGCACUGAAGAUGCAUCAAUAGCAGCGCACCGUGAGUAUGACAGCCGGUCGUGCAAGUGAAGCUUGAGAGCAUAAACUCUUCUUAA